GCCGGCCGAAGGCAGGUUAGGUGGCUUCAGUGUGUGUCUGCGGCGGCUCCAGGCAGGUCUGCAGGCGGCGGCAGCGGCGGAGGCAGCGGCAGCUCAGGACAGCAGGCAUCGCACCACCUCACACCGAGAUGUCGUCGUACAAAGUGUCGGCCGUGGCUGCCAAGGAGAAGGCCAAGGCAGAAGCCGCCGACGCAGAGGCCGCCGGCGACGUGUGCGCGGACGGGCGCGGCCCCGUGUGGAAGGUGUGGCGGCGGCGGCGCUACGUGGUGGCGCUGCUCGCCUUCCUCGGCUUCUUCAACGUGUACGCGCUGCGCGUCAACCUCAGCGUCGCCAUCGUCGCCAUGACCGCCUACCGCAACGUCACGCUCGACAACGGCACCGUCUCCCAGGUGCGCGACUUCGACUGGGACUCGGAGACGCAGGGCGCGGUGCUGAGCUCGUUCUUCCUGGGCUACCUGCUGACGCAGGUGCUGGGCGGCUGGCUGGCGGCGCGCGUCGGCGGCCAGCGCGUCUACUGCAUCGGCAUCGCCACCACGGCGCUGCUCACGCUCGUCACGCCGCCGCUCGCCUCGGCCAGCCUCUACCUGCUCAUCGCCGUCCGCGUCAUCGAGGGGCUGUUCGAGGGCGUGACGUACCCGUGCAUCCACGCGGUGUGGGCGCGCUGGGCGCCGCCGCUGGAGCGCAGCCGCCUGGCGACGCUGGCGUUCUCGGGCAGCUACGUGGGCACCGUCGUCUCCAUGCCCGUCUGCGGGCUGCUCGCCAAGGAGGUCGGCUGGCAGUCCAUCUUCUACGUCUUCGGCGUGGUGGGUCUGGUGUGGUGCACGGCGUGGUGGCUGGUGGUGGCCGAGGGUCCGGAGAAGGACCCCAGGAUCUCGCCGGAGGAGCUCAAGUACAUCCAGGACUCGCUGGGCCCCGACAGCGACCACAAGAAAGUCGCGCACCCUUGGGGGAAAUUCCUGACGUCGAUGCCUGUGUGGUCGAUCGUGAUGGCGCAUUUCUGCGAGAACUGGGGUUUCUACACACUGCUGACGCAACUGCCCACGUUCAUGAAAGACGCGAUGCACUUCAACCUGAAGGAGGCGGGCUUCAUGUCGGCGCUGCCGUACCUGGUGAUGGCCGUCAUCCUGCAGUUCUCGGGACACCUCGCCGACUGGCUGAUGCGCCGCCAAAUCCUCUCCACCACCAUGGUGCGCAAGGUGUUCAACUGCGGCGCGUUCGUGGCGCAGACCGUGUUCAUGCUGGCAGCCACCAACGUGCUGACCCCGGUGGGUUCCACCGUCUUCCUCACGCUCGCCGUCGGGCUCGGCGCCUUUGCGUGGUCCGGCUUCAGCGUGAACCACCUGGACAUCGCGCCACAGCACGCCAGCGUCCUCAUGGGCCUCUCCAACACGGUGGCCACGCUGCCCGGCAUCGUCAGUCCCAUCAUCACGGGCUACAUCGUCACCGGCAAGAGUGUGGAGAGCUGGAAGUACGUGUUCUACAUUGCGAGCGCCAUCUACCUCACGGGCGCAAUCUUCUACGGGCUGUUCGCGUCCGGCGAGCGCCAGCCGUGGGCGCUGGAGUCGCCGGCCCAAGACGAGGAGAGGCCCAAGGAUGACGCCAAGGGCGGCCACGUCAACCCGGCCCUCGAGCUCAACGAGGCCCUCUGAGAGCCGCAGCGGCACACCGCACACACCACGCAGCAGGCAGCAGGCGGCCCCAGUCCCAGCUUGCUGCCAAACUAACGUCCGGCACUUUGCGGCCCUCGUGACGAAGGGUACGUUUGCGUAGGAGCUGUGAUAGACUAGAACAGCGUCGAAGAGGGCACCGAGCGAAGCGAAGCACGGAUCUCAGCUCCACGACGGAGCUUCGGCAUCAAAGGCGGACAGAGCGUCAGCAGUGUACAGGGUACUAAUGAAUUAGUUGUACAAAAGUAGCUAUCAGUUGUCAAAAAACGAAAUAACUUACAGAACUGUUUGAUACAGCACUAAAUACAGUAUACAGGGUGAUUCAAAAAGAAUACCACAACUUUAAAAAUGUGUAUUUAAUGAAAGAAACAUAAUAUAACCUUCUGUUAUACAUCAUUACAAAGAGUAUUUAAAAAGGUUUUUUUUCACUCAAAAACAAGUUCAUAGAUGUUCAAUAUGGCCCCCUCCAGACACUCGAGCAAUAUCAACCCGAUACUCCAACUCGUUCCACACUCUCUGUAGCAUAUCAGGCGUAACAGUUUGGAUAGCUGCUGUUAUUUCUCGUUUCAAAUCAUCAAUGGUGGCUGGGAGAGGUGGCCGAAACACCAUAUCCUUAACAUACCCCCAUAAGAAAAAAUCGCAGGGGGUAAGAUCAGGGCUACAUGCGUGCUACAUUUUCAUCACUCGUUCUCGGCCGUCCAGAACAUUUCCCUUUGCACAAACACCCAUCCUCUGUAAACUGUUUAUACCAACGUUUAAUACACCACCUAUCAGGAGGUUUAACACCAUACUUCGUUCGAAAUGCACGCUGAACAACUGUCGUCAAUUCACUUCUGCCGUACUCAAUAACACAAAAAGCUUUCUGUUGAGCGGUCGCCAUCUUAGCAUCAACUGACGCUGACGCCUAGUCAACAGCGCCUCAAGCGAACAAAUGUACAACUAAAUGAAACUUUAUAGCUCCCUUGAUUCGCCGACAGAUAGUGCUUAGCUCUGCCUUUUGUCGUUGCAGAGUUUUAAAUUCCUAAAGUUGUGGUAUUCUUUUUGAAUCACCCUGUAUCUUCAAGUAUUAUUUACGAAUGUUAGUGUGGCACCUUUCGUAACACGACAAAUGUCCCACCUGUAAUCAAUUUCCUGUGAAGUUCUGUGAAGCAAGUCUUGAUGUAUGCCAGCAGUUUCUCGUGUUAUCCGCUGUCGCAGCUCGUAGACUUUUCUCGGAAGCGGAGGAACAAACGCUCUGUCUUUAGCGUAAACCCGUACACAGAAGUUAUUGGGGUUGAACCAGGUGAUCGCGUUGGCCAGGGUAUUGCUCCACCACGUCCAACCAAAGUCGGCUCAUUCACACGGAGUUACGUGACAACUUCACGAUGAUAAUGUGGUGGCGCGCCAUCUUGCCCGAAAAUAAAUUCUUUGUGCAUAUUUUAUUAUAAUUAAGGCGUUAGAUAAUAUUCAAGCACGCCCAGGUACGAACCUGUUCAACUAUUGUAUCAGAAACUCCUGGCCGAACCUUACCCGCCGGCCACGGUGGCCGAGCGGUUCUAGGCGCUUCAGUCCGGAACCGCGCGACUGCUACGGUCGCAGGUUCGAAUCCUGCCUCGGGCAUGGAUGUGUGUGAUGUCUUUAGGUUAGUUAGGUUUAAGUAGUUCUAAGUUCUAGGGGACUGAUGACCUCAAAUGUUGAGUCUUAUGGUGCUCAGAUCCAUUUGAACCAGUUGAACCUUACCCAGCGUCCUAUACGAUACACAUCAAAAUUCGGUGAAACAGUCGGACAAUUAAUAGCAGUUUGCCUUGGUGACUUGAAAUAUUUAGUCCUGAACUGUCUCUGGACGGUAGUAGCGGAUUUUGAUUCAUGAAACCGUAAACAACAGUGCGCACGUCCUGCACUGCAAUACGACUCCGUGAUGACUGUUGAAAUGACUCAUUCAAGUGUACCACCUAGUGGAAAUUUCGGAAACUAACAGUGUUAGAGGGGAAUAAAACUUGAAGAUACACUACAUUCAGUGCCGUAUCAAACAUAUCUCCAAGUUAUUUACCCUUCCCAUAAUUAAAGGUUACUUUUGCAUAACCAAUUUACGAAUAUCCUGCAUUUAUUCUGGGUUUAGGAGCGGAGACAAGAUAGUCGUAAUUUAUCAAGUAAGCUUUUUCAUUUAUUUUGCACUGAAGUUACUAAAAAUUACGCUUAAACGAUGUGCGAUUAACAAUACUUUACUCUAGGAAACCACAGCGCACAAAUAUAAAUACAUAAUAAUUUCAAAAAAAUACCUGUGUUGCUGAAUUUCGACUUUUGCAUAGAUUUGCCUACUGCUCAACGUUCUAUCUGCUUGGCCUUUUUCUUUUCGUAUUGGAGGCGUAACUGCUGCGAAAAUCAUAAGAGAGCUAACUACAGUUUAUGGUAAUGUAGUCUAAACUGGAAUUUACAGUUUGUCGAUGAUUUCAGAAAAAUGUUUAUAGAUUAUUCAAACAACUUAGGAACUGCAGGGCGGAUAUGUAUUCAAAUUAUUUGCACUGUGCAAUCUGGCUCUUUAUUCAAAAACUGCAGAGACGAUGUCCUAAUCUGUUACAAAGACUGGUGCUAAUUAUGAAUUCAUAAAUAUUACUGUAACUAACGGAUGACGUCAGCUAGAUGCUGAGAAAGAAUAUUUCAACAUUUAGUUAUCACGAUCACGUACAACUGCUGAAUUUGCCUUUUAUAUAAGGUGUUCUGUACGGAGAUAUUAGCCAGAGAAUAUUAGCCACAAAACUAUAAAAUCAGGUAGAAGUACCCGAAUAUGUUGUUGCAUGUAUUUGCUUAUUGUACAAUUUAAUAAAUGUUAGAGAAUAAAUUGUACAUUAUCUUACCGUGAACACAAAUUCACAGUCAAUAAAGGUUUCAUCCAGCGGAGCUUCCCCCGGAAGACUUAAUUAAUGAGCCGCAAAUAUUCACGAUCUCUUCAGAUGUCGUCUUUGUCGGAAUUCAGUGCUUCUUAUUCCACUUAUGACUAUAAAAACAAACUUCUUUACUUGCAUGUUCUUUUCAGUUAAGUAGUCAUCUCUUUUCAAAAUUGGUCGGAAACGAAUAAAAUUACGAUUAUUUUGUCUUUAUGAUCGGGCAGUGGAGGCCUGGGAGUAUUUCAUCGAUAAAACCUCCGAUACGUUUCGUCGGUAACAGCGAAGGAAACUCUAGCAGACGUACGGAGCUCUUAUCGCGGCUCCACUUCUGACCGUGGCUCAGCCGUGGCGGUGCCGUAGGGCCGCCGCUUACACUUCCCUCCGCACCGCCAGUACCGUCACUCUUCUCUCUUCUCUUUUACCGCAGCUCCAAUGUAGACGUGCCCCAACAAUAUGUGAGAACGCCUCACUUAUUUUCGCUCAUUCUGCAGGGCGUGAAACAUUCUGCGAUGUGGACAACUUUGACAAAGAACUGUCUAAACAUAUGCUGAACUCGACAUAUGUUGUGCAUGACGUGAAACAGGGUUAAGGACGAAUUGUAUGUCAAGGUGACUGCGAAUUGGCAAAAACAUAAGGAAAGUUCCUACAGUACUUUUUGUUUUUCAAGACGAACAGUACCAUUCGAGAGGUGGCAACGCACAAGACAGAAUGCACCACCUACAUACGUUCGAUUUGUGGUUGUUUCCCCAUUUAACUAAUGUGAUUUUGCAAUCCUUGUAGUCAGGUGUACGAGGUACUCGUCAUUCCAAAACAUUAUGAGUCUGGUCAGUUAAUGUGUGAAGGAAGGCAAACGAGAAAUAGGCAGACUGCAAUAAUAUUUCGUACUGUUGGUACUGUUGUAUCUACUUAAAACUUGCGAAGGCAGACAGCGAUAGCAGAAGAUUCAGUGACAUUGUGUGAAUGAAGUUUGGAUUCGUUUCGCUGAUAAACAAAGAGUGACAUUCGCUUCAGUCUUCGUGUUUAGAGCACCACCGUUACCGUUACUUCCGGAACAGCUACAGUUGGACUGAAAUAACACUGACUGACACUUCAACGUGUCGAGUGGUGCAGUCGGUUCCCUAUGUAGUGCCACACGUAGUGUCCUGUCCUGAUUUGUUUUCGAAGUACGCGCAGAGCCUUCUUUGUGGGUGUUUCGGGCUAUUGUAUUGUGCAGAACACGAUGCUUCAUAAUGAAGUAGUACUGCCGGGCCACAGGCAGUGACUAAAUGUAUGUAUUUUUUUUCUUGCGAGUAUUUUUUUUUACGUUUGAAUAUUACAGCCCCUUGAAUGUGGAGUUAAAAUUUAAAUACGUUUAAAUUUUUAUUACAUGUUAAAUUUCCAUAUCGUGAACUUCCCACACUCGAAAUAUUUAUUGUAUAAUAUAUUUAUAUAUUUGCUGUAAUUACUGUCAAUAAAGUUUUCCUGUAUUUAUCCUGGAUAAA